AUGGCCAAGAAUUCCGCCGUCGUUGUGCGUGUAGCCAACGGGAACCAGCCGAGUCUGUCGCAGGAGAAUAUUGCAAUUCCUUCUCCGGAAGCGAAUCAGGUGCUUGUUAAAGUAUCGCAUGUGGCGCAGAACCCGACCGAUGUACAAGCCUUUGACAGCAAUGCUUUUGGCGAUGGGGCUGUUCUAGGAUGCGACUUCGUGGGAGAAGUUGUCGAGUUAGGAAGCCAAGUCACACGAUUUGCCAAGGGUGAUAUUGUGGCUGGCUUGAUCUGGGGAGGCGAAAUUCCCGGAUUGGGUGCAUACAGUCAUUACUGCGUGGCCGAUGACAAGAUAUCAUUCUGUCUACCUCGUUCGAUCUUGCGUGAGCAGGCGAGCACUGUUCCGUUAGCCGCCGCCACUGCUUGGCUUGCCCUAUUUUCUAAAACCUGCCUGGGGAUCGAGAGGGUCGGUGCUAAGGGCACCAGCAUUCUGGUGUGGGGCGGUAGCUCGAGCGUGGGCCAGUAUGCUAUUCAACUCGCUUCCAUGUAUCGCAUAAACGUUGUGACAACCUGCAGCCCGAAGCAUUUUGAGUUGGCUCGCUCACUCGGCGCUAAACAUGUUUUUGACUACAAGGAUCAAGAUAUCAUCCAAAAGAUCCAGGCAUCUGAGCCAGGAAUAUUACAUGUUUUCGACACGAUCGGGAACCCAACUUCAUCUACAAUUGCCUCUCGUGUUUUCAAAAGCGGAGCCGGGCAUCUGUGCACUGUACGCCCGGGCAAGGCCAACACAGAAAAUGUCGCUCCUGGAACAAAUGUUACAGACGUGCUGGUAUGGACUGCCUUCUUAAAAGAUCACAGCUACGGUGAUUUUAAAUGGCCUGCUUCAAAGGAUGAUCAUGAGCUUGCCAGUGAGCUUUUUGAGAAGCUCCCUGCGUGGUUGGAUGAUAGAACUCUCCGGCCCAACCAGCCACAGUCCCGAAAGGGGCUGAACAGCGUGCCCGAAGGAUUCCAGGAACACAGAGACGGGAAGGUCUCGGCCUUUAAGAUUGUCUAUGAAAUCUGA